AUGGCUAAAAGUAAUGGCUUCAUCGGUUUUUUCUCUUCUGACUACAACACUUUUAUUUCUCUCGUUUUUACUACGCCCAUUGCUACAACGUUAUUAUGUCUUUCCCUCAACGAGACGCUCUUCUCCGGAGCUUUCCUCAAUUUUGUCAACGACAACCGUCCUUCAGUCCAAUUCGCCGUUCAGAUCAUGGCCAACCUUAUGUCUGCUCUACAGAUAGUUGUUAUCUGUAGGGUUAUCAACCUUGGUGUUCGGAGACGCCUCAAGACUAAGAGUAUGAGUCUUGAUCAGAUGCGAGCGUGGAUGGACGCCAUGAUACCACGUAUCAACUGGGAUUUGCCCUUUGUAUACAUCUUUCUUUUGGGUCUCUUGGUCUCGGUUUCUAUGGUGCUCAGCGCUAUCUGGGCUGCUGCCAUGACACCUGUCGAGACCUUUGAGCACAUCCAAGGCACUGUCCAGAUUCCAAGCUGGGAUAAUAUCACCCAUAUUAAGGAAUAUCCUUCGGAAGUUGGCUCAGUAGGACCUACCAAGCAUACUGCCCUUGGCAAGUUCACAUACUCAGUGGGGAUCCAAAUGCUGGGCAGUCUCCUCGCUUCUGCUGCUUCAGCAUCACCCAUCCACAACUCAACACGCAACCAUGAGAAGCUAGAUCAAACAGGCUACAACUACGUUGGUCGAUCAUACGGCGUUGGCUCCUCUCCAGGCCUAGGCGAAGUUCACUUUCAAACCGGGCGUAGUGUGCUCGGAUGGGAAUACCAGGAAGUAGGAUACCGCGCCAAAGUCAACUGCAUCUACAACGCAUCUACCGACUUCAAUCUCUAUCAGGAGGACUCUGUUAUACGUUGGGCUGCACAUGGAGAACUUCCUGAUAGCGACGACGGAUAUGAACACUCCACUUACGUCGGCUUCGGUGAUGGAAAUGCUGUUGUUGCCAUUGGGGUUGCGCACUUCAAGGACAAAGAUGCAAUAGUCGCUCCUGAGAGAAAGUACAUCGGCUUCGCGGCGGGAGGCUUCUAUAAGUUCCUGAACACGACGCAAUGUGAAGUUGACUUUGAGCCUACGCGGUUCAACGUUACGGUCAGCAGUCGAGGCAAGAACAUUACCGUUGUACCAACAAACGACACCAAAGUUCGCGAUAUGGAUCCGACUCGUUGGAUAAAAGGCACUGUCCUUCGUCAGUUCGAGUUGAUUGCAAACGAUGAGACAAACCUGUAUGUAUCAACCGUUGGUACAGCUUUUAACGCCUCCAUCACCGACCAUCGUCUUCGUCUUGAGAUGAACAACACACUCACUUCAAGAACAUCCACAAACGUCACUCUUGAAGGCGUCGAAAACGCCAUCACGGCCAUGGUAGACGAUAUGUUGGUAGCAUAUGCCUCGGCGCAAUUCAUGGUCGGAGAGUUCCAAGACGAAGUACCAGGCUCCAUCCGAGUCACAGCCGUCAUCAUUGGCGAAAAGAAAUUUGCCAUAGCCGCAUUUGCGCUAAACAUGGCCGUUGUAGCGCUCUUUCUACUUGAGGCUAUUCGGACAAGAGGCUGGAAGGGAAUAACCGAGUUUGAUCCUUCAGAUAUUCGCCAUGUGAUGAUCGCUGCGUCUGAAGGCGGUGCAAAUCUCGCACAGGUGGGAUUUGCCAACAGAGAUAAGUUGGGUAAAAUUAAUGUGAGGGUGGGUGAGACUGGGGCUGGCAGGUUUACGCUGGCCAUUGAUGGGGAGGUAUCACCCUCUGUCAAGUAUGAGAGUAUGAGGGGAGCUAAUGGUGGUAAUGAUUCCGAUGUUGAAAGGUAUAAAGCGUCUGUGGCUGAGACUAUCAGUACCAGAUCCCGAGAAAGGAGUCCAUGA